AUGGAACCUCCCGCUCAAAUCCCCUGUUCCGGCAAUUGCCUCGUCCACCUACACUCCUUCUCCGGCUACGUCUGGCUGGUCCGUCGCAUCUACACUUUACGGCAAAAUCUUUUCCCCGACGGCAUUAUCCGUUUCCAGUUCACACGACCCAAUCACCCGCCAAUUUUCCUUUCCCACAUAGAUAUCCUCACCUUACAUUUCCAAGAUAGGAAAGCCGCCAUGGAACGCCUCGGCCACCGAGCCCAAAACUUCGUCGCCAUCAUCCCCGCCAGCAGCAACACCUCCCGCUAUCAAUCACAACUCUCCGCCGGCGCCACUGCCGCCGGACUGAACAUUCGCUUUUUCAUCGAAGCUCCGGUUCUUGCCGCCUCCUAUUACAAAUCUCUCACCCCAGGCCACAGAACCGUCCUCGUAUUUGACCUCGAUGCUCACAUCUUCGAAGUCUCUUUGCUCACCGAAGAUGAGAAUCUAAAAGUGAAGGCUGCCGUUUCCAACUUGGGCUGCCCACUCUUAAAUUACAUGGUUUCAGAGAUACAACGGAAGCUUGGAAUCGACAUCAGCGGCGACGCUACCGCUCUCCAUUGCAUCGGACAGUCCUGUGAACGCGCCAAGGACUCCAUCUCUUCGGGCAUGGCUGGUGUGGACCUUGAGUUUGAGCAACAAGGCAGGAAGGUGCCAAUACGGAUUACUCGAGAAAGGUUGGUGUUGCUGAAUCUUAGGCAUCUUCACAUCGGAAUCAUGAGGUGCUUGAUGCAAGCCGGAGUCAGGCGAGAAGCCGUGGAUGAGAUAGUGCUCGCCGGAGCUUCCGCUACCAAACCAGAGGUCCUAGAAGUUCUCCGACAGUUCUUUGAAAGGCAGAUUUUCAGAUGUAACAUCGACCCUGCAAAGCUUAUUGAGUUGAGUGCCAUGCAAUACAUACGAAAAGUCUCUAUGUUCAAGAAUUUCCCUAUGUUCGGCCUUAGGAUCGUACAAUCGGGGAUUUUCACUCUUUGA